AUGGCUGGCGAUGAGCCGACCAAGGACGCUCCUAAAAAGGACAACAAGUCCGGGACGAUCAAACUGAAGAAGGCAGCGCCCAAGCACAAGCAACCGGGCAAUUGGCGCGACGGCGGCAUUAUCGAUGAAACGAAGAGCAAGGGCUCUCCCGCAUCCACAGCUACCUCGCCAGGCCCCGUCGUCAACCAGCUCGACGAGAACGCGCGCGAGACGUUCGCCACGGGACGACCCCUCGAAGAUAGUCCCGAUUUGCAACAAUGCAAGCACUGUAAGAAGAGUGUUCUCAAGACGGCAGCAAAGGCACACAUUGCGCAGUGUCUACGCGUGAAGAAGGAAAAGGCACAGCGCAAGAAGGAGGCGCGUGAAGCGAGGGAGCGCGCCAAGGAGGCCGCGCGCGAGGAGGAGGCGCGUAAAAACGACGACAAUGACGACGACGACGAUGACGACGACGGCGAUGGCGACUCGAAAGGAAAGGCUGGCAAGAAGGCCGCUGGCAAGAAACCUGACGAGAAAGGCAAGAAGCGCAAGGCCGACGGGACGUUGGAGGGUCCCAAGUCCAAGAAGAAGAAGGAUGAACCCAAGGCCAAGGCCCCAAAGACCAAGGGUCCUGUCGAUGUCGAGAGGCAAUGUGGUGUUAUCCUGCCCAAUGGACAGGCUUGCGCUCGGUCCCUUACCUGCAAGAGCCACAGCAUGGGGGCCAAGCGUGCGGUGCCCGGGCGAUCGCUGCCAUACGAUAUGCUCCUGGCGGCGUAUCAGAAGAAGAACCAGGCCAAGCAACAGAAGGCUGCGCUGGACGCGACGGCUCCGCUAGAGGACGACGACGAUGCCGACAAUGGGCCCGUAGACUCUGACGAAGAGACUGCUGCGGUCAUGGCCAGCUUGGCCAAGUGGAGACCGCAACCUGUCGUGCCCCAGCCCGUCUUCCAACCGAUCAGACGACAGUAUCAGCACCAGAGGCUGCACGAACAGCUAGCCGUCGCUACGAAUGGAGGGCGGACAAACAUCUUCGCCGUCCGAAACUACCAGCGGCCGGCGACGGCCACAGUCAUCCCCGAGAUGCAGAUGCUGCCGCAGCAGCCGCCACCGCCGCCUCUCCAGCAGCAGCAACAAUUCCAGCCCAUGAUGCUCGACGGCGAGGACGCCCCGGGAGAAAUGGAAAUUGGCAUGAUCAACUUUACCAACCCUACCGGCCCCCCGGUGCCACCGAGCAGGCAGGCUAGCGUUACGAGUCGUGGCUGA